AUGGUCGACCAAAUCCGCCUAAUGGAGAUGAAGCUCCAAUGGCGAGAGAGCUGGGUGGCACUGGGAUAUCGGAUGAGCGGCUCCCACCAAACAACACCAUGGACCACGGGCCGCGGUGACGAAGCUCGCCCAGCUGUGCAAGCAUGGGCUGCUGGGGCAUCAGGCGAGCCUACUGCCAAGUAA